CGUUCCCUUGGCCGCCCGGGCCCUUUGCGAAGCGGAGGACGCGGGGAAAGCCAGCGGGGAAGGCCAGCCGCCUCGCCCGCCCUUCGACCUCAGCCUCCUGGAGGUCCUCGCCUGCCCUUUGUCUAAGAAGCCGCUCAGGUAUGAAGAAUCCACCAAUGAAUUAAUUAACGAAGAGUUGGGCAUUGCCUACCCCAUCACUGACGGCAUUCCUAAUAUGAUCCCCCAGGCUGCAAGGAUGAUUGGCAAAGAGAAGCAAGAAAAUGAACCUGAGAGGACCUAGAAAAUUUUCUUCUUAUGAAAGACAAACACAGGUGGCUAAAAAAAUGUUUCUGUCACUGCCUACAAUGACUGUACUUGUCCCACUGUUGUCUUUAGCUGGCCUGUUUUAUUCAGCCAGCGUAGAUGAAAACUUUCCUCAGGGCUGCACAAGUACCACCAACCUGUGUUUCUACAGCCUGCUGCUUCCAGUUACAAUCCCAGUUUAUGUGUUCUUCCACCUUUGGACCUGGAUGGGCCUUAAACUCUUUCGCCACAACUAGGGUAGACUGAAAUGAGUGAAUCUCUCAGAAGUGAGCAUUGACUAAAAGGUGUGGCUUCCUUUAUUUGUCUUUAAUAGCUUGUCCCAUGGAUGUGAAGUCAUCCCUAACAAGCAGUGACUAAACACAUUUAAAUAAACAUGCACUCAGGUGCACAGAAAACUUGCAUACCUUCUGGGGCAUAAGAAAUAGAUGCUUUUACCUACUAGCACCAGACCAGAUCCAUGGGAAUUGUCAGCCACAGAAGUGUUGUGGGCGUAAUGCAAGCAACACUUAGGUUAACAGUGGGUCAUACAGACAAAGCAGCUGGAAUGGACUGUAUCUGAUUUCACUAACCAUUUGCCAUGCCCAUAAGAGAGGCACUACAUUUCCGCCUUUGGAUCUUGAGGAAGUGGGCUGGAAGCUGCACUAUAAGUUUUAUCAUCCCUUAAAAAAGUCCUGUGCAGAAAUAUCCUAAAGUAGAGCUUAAAGUUUUACCAGAUGCCUUCAAGCAUUUAUUUGUUGUCUUAGCAGAGUUCCUUGGAAGAAUGGCUUUUAAUACAGGAUUUUCACAACACCCUUCAUGGCCCUAUUGUAUUUUCAGGUUACUGUCGCCUUAUUGUUGAAUGUGGUGGUAAUGGAUAGCACUCAGGAUUUUGCUUUGAUUAAUCUGCACUGUUUUCUCCUCAUAGCUUUUAUGCUUGAAUUCAUAUGUAUAAAAAGAACUGCUAUUACCAUAUUGUGAUCAAAACAAUAUAAAUAAAGCAACUGCAAAACCAAAUA